AUGGUGCGCUCCGAUAGGAAAGAUUGGAGUCAACGGUUGGAAGAUGCACUCUGGGCCUAUCGAACGGCGUACAAGACCCCUAUAGGGAUGUCAUCGUACAGGUUGGUAUUUGGAAAGCCGUGUCAUCUUCCAGUGGAGUUCGAGCACAAGGCUUUUUGGGCGAUAAAGCAAUGCAACAUGAACUUAGAAGAGGCCGGUGCCCAACGGAAGUUGGAUUUGCAAGAAUUGGAGGAGAUCCGGAACGAAGCCUACGACAAUGCACUAAUCUACAAGGAGAGGAGUCGGGCAUUUCAUGACCAACAAAUCUCUAAAAAAACCUUUGAAGUUGGUCAGAAGGUCCUCCUGUACCAAUCCGGGCUCAAGCUAUUCCCAGUUGUAAUCCGGAGUGCUAAGACAGACAACAAGUUUGUGGUGAAUGGACACCGUCUCAAACAUUAUUAUGAAGGUUUUUCAAGUGGAGAGGCGGAGACAAUAAGUCUAGACGCACCACCGUGUCCUAAUCAGUGGCACUUUACCAUGUCUAGCCAAAGACAGUGUCCUUCUGUCAUGACGCGCUCGCGUCAUGACGUAAGGAGAGGUCACGGUCAGAAUCGUCAGAAGGGGUUCUUGCCCCCAUGA